UGCCCGUGUCAUUUCCGCCCCUUGUGCCCGGGCUGGAGAACGCCUCAAACUAGAGAGGAUCGCUGCUCGCCUGAUCGCUGUCUCUCUCUCUCUCGCUGCGUGUGCUUAUCUCUCUCUCUGUGUGUGUGCACGUAUUUUACGCAUACGAGUUCUGGGAGGUUGACGGGUUACGUAGGAGAUGGGUGGAAAGGGAGGUGCGCGCUAAGCAGUCGAUUUCCAAACCCGAGGCAGGCAGCGAUUUUCAUUUCCGAGGCGUUCCCGAAGAUGGGGGGGAGAUCUUAGCGCUGCGAGGAGCGGCGACAUCGACGCGGAGACGCAGCCGCAGGAGGAGGAAGAGGAGCAAGGGGAGGAGGAGAAGGAAGAGAGAGAGAGAUCGAGAGGAGGAAGAGGGAGUGGGAAGGAGGAGGGAGGAGCAACAGCGAAAAGAAGAGGCUCUUCGCGUCUCCAUCCCAGCGCAUCUCAGAGCGCGUCGGUGGGACGGUGGUGGGUACAGAAAAUAUGAGCAAAAUGAAGAAGCUACGGCGCACACUGUCGGAAAGUUUCAGUCGGCUGGCUUUGAAGAAGGAAGAAGUGGUGAGUGAAGAGAUGUCCGUGUCGAGGAUGUCGGGGGGCCGUGGCAGCGUCCUCGCCACCGACCCUGUCAUCUCCCAGCUGGAGACGAUUCCCGAGGACCGGCGCGCCAAGGCGGCGGCGGUGGCGGCGGCGCAGCGGCGCGUCCACAGCGCCUCGGAGCCGCCCGAGAGGCCCCCGGGCCGCGUGAAGCGUGUGCCGUCCGACACGGACGGCGGCAUCCGCACGGCGGGCAGAGACUCGCCGAGCUCGCUCCGCCAUUCCAGUCCGGGUUCUCCCACGAGCCCAAAGUUUGGGAAGGUGGAUUCAUACGAGAAGCUGGAGAAGCUGGGCGAAGGAUCUUAUGCCACCGUCUACAAGGGCAAGAGCAAGGUGAACGGGAAGCUGGUGGCACUCAAAGUGAUCCGGCUGCAGGAGGAGGAAGGCACGCCCUUCACUGCCAUCCGCGAAGCGUCGCUGCUCAAGGGGCUGAAGCACGCCAACAUCGUCCUCCUGCACGACAUCAUCCACACGCGGGAGACGCUCACCCUGGUCUUUGAGUAUGUGCACACCGACCUCUGCCAUUACAUGGAGAAGUACCCUGGAGGCCUGCACCCUCACAAUGUGAAGCUCUUCCUGUACCAGCUGCUGCGCGGCCUCGCCUACAUCCACCAGCGCCGCAUCCUGCACCGUGACCUCAAGCCGCAGAACCUGCUCAUCAGCGAGACGGGGGAGCUCAAGCUGGCUGAUUUCGGUUUGGCUCGCGCCAAGUCGGUCCCGAGCCACACAUACUCAAACGAGGUGGUGACGCUGUGGUACCGGCCCCCCGACGUUCUGCUGGGCUCCACGGACUACUCCACCUGCCUGGACAUGUGGGGCGUGGGCUGCAUAUUCGUGGAGAUGAUUCAAGGCAGUGCUGCCUUCCCCGGACUCAAGGACAUUCAGGACCAGCUGGAGAGGAUCUGGAUGGUGCUGGGGACCCCGAGCGAGGACAGCUGGCCGGGUUUAAAGUCGAUGCCUCAUUUCAAAGCAGAUCGAAACCCGCAAUUCAAGCCCAAGAGUCUGGGAAAGGCUUGGACCAAGCUGGCACUCAUUCCCGUAGCGGAGGAGCUCGCGUCGCGCCUGUUGCAGGCACACCCCAGGAGUCGCAUUACAGCUAUCGACGCACUCAGACACCUGUACUUCAGCGACCUCCCUCCCAGGCUCACGGAGCUCUCUGACAUGACCUCGAUAUGCUCCGUGCCGGAGGUGAAGCUGCACGCGGAGGACAGCUUGGGCUUCUACGGGAAAUUCAGCCAGAAGCACUGAGCAGCCUCCAUACUGCUAUGCAGCAGCAAGGAGCUGUGCAAAAAUGGUGCCGGCUGUAAAGUGAAAAGCUCCCCUUCAGUAACACGUGGUGGUGAAACAGCCCUCCCACGACCCUCGUUGCAUCCGUGCAAGUAUUGAAGCUGAAAGCACCUCACUUCUCAAGAAACGCAAUAUAUUUUAAUAAAAUGAGCUCCAAGAGAUGUGUUAUUUGGGCAACCAAAAUUUUUUGUGAAAAAAAAAAAAGAAUCUAGUUCUUUUCGGUACAAAAAGUUGUUAUGAAAGGGAUAUUUUUGCCUUACCUAAAUGUCAACCAAAAAUAUCAACGGACGCAUGCGUGAGAACAUCACGGCCUGCUCCAUAAACGUUUCUGUAAAUGGAUGCUUAUGUACAGAAUCGCGCACUAUUUUUGUUGACUCAAAAAAUACAAAGAAGUUUGACGUAUCUCGUCAGUGCUCAUAGAGAAUAGACUUAUGUAUGCUCGACAUGAAUAUGUUCGAUUUAACUUUUGUCCCAUUUCGUUACCCUCGAGAAUAUUUUUUGUUAUUACUCCGUGGCUUUUCGCUGUCGUGCUGGAUAGCUCUCUGGUGUGUUUUCGAGUUGUUCAGUACCAUGUCCGAUAUUUCGCUCCAUGUGCUGUGAGCUUCUUCAGUCAUGGAACAGAUGUCGAACGAACAUCAUGUUCAAGAACACGUGGCACAAUCUGAACAUUCAUCGGAAUGUAAUCACUUUUUUGAGAGUAUCUCUGAAUGGAUGCACACUGAGAAAUGUCUACAUAAUUGUCUGCAUAUUCGGUACUACGCACCUAUAUUUGGCAAAGCAGCAUUCAUUAGGCCAUGCGAUUUUUAACAGGAAUCCAGAAUGUUAUUUUGUUCUGUAGGAGUUGAUUUGCAACUCCCCUAUAUUCAGCCACCAGAUUCAAUAAAAUGUAAAUAAAUGUGCACGAUGGAAGCUUGCAACAUGACAGCACUCAAUGCAACCCAAGUAUUUGUUUCACGAGAAGCAUAAGCUCUCAGACACUGCUCCACACACCUCCCCUCCAACAUCCUUUAUCAGUUUACUUUCGUUGUAUGCACAUUAUAAUAUUGGUAAUAAAAAUUAACGGAAUGGCGAUUACGCACUACAAUGAUAACACUGGUCAACACACUUUUUUCUGGCAUAAGGUAUUCCAACGGUUUUAAGGUCAUUUUGGGGUGCUGAUUCCAAAUCUGGCAUCUAUCACAUCAGGUUUUUGAGAUAUCAAAUAUUGCAUUUUCGAUAAAAAUUGCAGAAGAAAAAUAUAUAAUAAAUGUGGAUAUCUACAUAAAAUGAUAUUAUAAGCAUAUGUUAUCCUAAAAAUACAACACCAUAUUUUAACACUAAAGCAGUCACUGACUCGCAACAACUUGCAAUCAUAAGUGACAGUUAAUUUCGGGUAAAUCAAUGAAAAUGGGGGAUGCCGAUAGAAUAAAAUUAGAUGUGAUAGAGCAAAUCUGAGAUCAGAUUUGGAAUCAGCACCCUGAAAUUAGUCUAAAACAGCUGCAAAAGUCCAGGCCAGAAAUGUUUUUUUGUUGACCAGUGUAUAAUUGAGGAGUGGGGAAUCCCCAGGGCCUUUGGGCCAUUUCGGCCCAUGACUUCAUUUAAUACGACCCAGGGGCCACACGAGCCCUGUGACUUUAAAACAAAGUAUUUAUCCAUCCCUGCAAACAUCUCGGCUGCACUAAUUCGUAACCGUGGUUGUUUUUGACCUGGAAAAGCUGUAUUUUUCAUUUCAGCGCCAUGCUCUUGUCACUUCUGUCAAUGCGGUAGCUUCAUCAGUACUCGGUCGACGUGCGUGUUACUCUUCGCAUUAUUAUUAUAAGUAUUUGGUUACCCCAACGGUGUGUUAAUGUGUGGCCUACCGAAAAGUAACCUAAAGUAGUUUUUAGCCCAGCGUAAGGAAAGGGCACCCACCCUUGUGUUAAUUGGUCGAUGUGGGAGGCCAUGUCCUGGUUAAAGAGCAGCACUGGUAGAGAAUCUUGAGUGUGAAGGAGGAUGUUUCAUCCUGUAUGUAUGGUUGUCAACUGUUAUGCUUUUCCCAGGGUCAUCAAUGUUUUUUAUAGUUUUCCCCUUUUCAAGUAUUCGGAGAUUAUGUCCCAUGAAAUGCCCCAGCUUUUUGUAUCUCAGAGAUAGAAAGCCCUGCCUGUAUGACCUGGCCUAUGCCAUCAUACAUUACAGUAAAGCCAUUUUGGCCAAAUGACAGGCCAUAUUUAAAAUUGCACACUGAAAUUUACAGUACGAUAUGUUUGUACAAUUAUUAUUGACACACAAAUGCACACAUCCACAUCGAUGGUUCGAUAACCAUGUACACAGUAUUAUCUCUUUUUUUACAUUUAAAUUUGAAUGUUUUUUUUUCUUUCUGUAUAACGUACUUACUCUCACUCUCUAUUUAUGUUCACAUUAAAUAAUUAUGUUUCAAGAAGGUCAUCAUCACAAGGUAGAGUUGGUUUGGUUCCGGCCAGUGCGCCUGAGAUAUGAAACUGGGAUGGACACAGAUGGGAUGUGUAACGCACCUGGCCCAAAGACUGCCAUCUUUUUCUACGCCAUCCCAGCCUCUCAUCCCACUGCCACGUUUAUUCUCCUCGCUCGCUACAUUGCACUCGACUGGGUGCUAUUUUCGGAGAUAAAAUCCCCCCCCCCCCACCUUUAAAAUCAUGGCAAUGGAUCGAUAACAUUGCAAGCCAACGUGGAGCCUGUUGCAAAUUUGGGGUAUUAUUUAUAGCUGUAAGAGCAUUUGUGGCUUUUGGAAUCAUUCCAGUUUCAUUUUUCAUUAAAAAAAUCUAUGUGUGAAUUUAUAUGCACAGUGUAUGCUCACUCGAAUUAACGAUGGCCAGGGACGUGUUCAUGACAUUACGCGUACAUUACAACACGUGACAGCUGUGAUAUAUGAACUUUAGCCUAUGUGACCUAUCCUGAAUCGAGCUUACGUCAGUCUGAAACAUGGCAGGCCUGUGCAAUAUGUACAUUACCAAAGUCACGUAUCAAUUUACACCUGGUUUGUGUGCCAAAACAGAAAAUUGGAUCGUGUGAAAAAUUCACUGCAGGUGGGCAUCAGGGACGAAAGUUCAAAACAUCAGCGUUUUGCAGGAGUUUUAUCUCCUGGGUGACAUUGGUUGUAAUUUCAAAUUUCACAGCAGUUGUAUUACCAUCGCAGAACAAGUUGUCACACUGGCAAAAUGUAAUUAGUAACACCUUACAGCAAAGAAGAAAAAAAAAGCCGCUCAGGUGAUGGCUUGCUCUAAUUGUAACACACGGAGUCAUUCCGACGAUCGCGUGAUAUUUCGUUUCAAAAAUCUAUUUUCACCUCAUUGCACCGCCUGCACAAAUUUGGUAAUGUGUGGCUGUUUACCUGUGAGAAUCACAAUGUGCUGCGUGCAGUGUGAAAGGUGGAAAGCAAUGUUUUUAAGGUGUUAUCACUUGCUGCAAACUGUUUAAUUUGUUAACAUGAUGAAUAUAGAUAUUAUUGUUUUGUACAUAUAUAGUAUAUAUAUAUAAAAUUAUAACGAAUACGUCAAUUUUGGGGAACUAUAUGAAAUAUGCCCCUGAUCGUGCCACAGUAAUGUUUUGGUGUCCUAUGUAACAGUUUAAUUUUGUAUUAUUCUGAUUUGUUUAUGUUUGAUUAUAAACCCAAAUUAAACCA